GAAGAAAAAAGUGUAGAAGAUAGUAGUGUGAAGUGUGAACACCGUGCCAUAUGAUAUUUCUUACGCGUGAUUUGGAACAUGCCUCUAUAAAAGAGUAAAAAACAUGAUCUGUAUUCUGUACACUUCAUGCAAUUAAAACAUAGAGCAUCCUCUGUCCGAGAUUAAGAUUCAUGGCUGCCAAUUCAGAGUUCAGUCCGUCCAUUGAUGAAGAAAGGUGGGUGAGCCUAGCUAGCAGAGCCUUACAGUCAGAACUCAUCAUAGAAAUCGAUGGCUUCUCUCCAACAAUCUUUCAAGUCCCAAAAUCCUUGAGCGAAACCAAGCCCGAAGCCUACACCCCUCUGCUGCUCGGCAUGGGACCGUACCAUCAUCUCCGGCCCGACCUCCACGCCGUAAACCUCCAAAAGCUCGUCGCCCUCAACAAAUUUCUUAGGGAAAAGUCAUUCAAGAAUAGUGACAGUGAUGACAGUGACAUUGACAGGUUGUAGGGCCAAUAAUGAAAUUGGCACUAUAUUUUGUACGACUUAUAAAUAUUUAUUUAUACAUUUAUAUUUAUAUACAUCACAAUUUUUUUCUUACAGGUACUAUCCUGUCGAAGAACUUCUCAGUCAGCCUCCCCUAUCUCCACCCCUGUCCAAGAACUUCUCCAAGCACAUCCUGAAAACGAUGAGGGAUUUGGAGCUGCUGGUUCGGGCCAGCUACAACCAGUACCUGGAUCUGGACUGCUCCACCCUGGACUACAUCCUCGCCGUUGAUUCUUUCUAUCUGCUCGCUUUUUUGGCCAUGUACGGGAAGGAAACUAAAACUGUCGAACCUGGUUGCCAAGAGCUGGCCAAGGAUGUCUUAAAGUUGGAGAAUCAAAUCCCGGCACGUGUGGUAGAAGAGAUGGGGAAACACCUAGGUAUCACAGUACUAACGCUGCAUUCAGAACUCUUUUACUACUUCUGCAACGCUCACUCUCCCCUGAAACUUGAAAGGGGUCGGGAGGACCGCAACUAUAUAGGCAGUCACCUCCUGGCAGAUAUGUAUAAACGGAUCAUAAACCGGGGUAGACCAGCGAGAUCACAAGCAUUAUCAGCAUCCAGAAUCACAGAGGUAGGAACAAAGGCAUUAAAAGCUUUAAGUGAAGUACUUGGAGCAGGGGCAUCCAAUUGGAUUAAUCCAAUGCUAUUAGCUUUGGAGGCAUUACAAGUUUUGGAGAUCAGCAGCAAGUUAGCUGAUGAGGUUGCUAAGAUCAAACUAUCAAAACCGCCAAAGAAGAGUCAUGAAAUUCCUUCAGCAUCGGAGCUGUCCAAGAAACACCUUGUGGAUUUCAAGCUGCUGGAAUGGAAAGGGAUUAGGGAUAUCAAAUUUGACAUCCAAUGCACAAAAAUGAUUUAUCUCCCAGAGAUCACUUUAAAAAAUGAUUCAGAGGUGAUUUUAAGAAACUUGGUGGCAUAUGAAUCUGCCAUUGCAACCCCAGAGCCAGCCUUUGAGCUUGCUGGAUAUAUUCACCUGAUGAGCAACUUACUGCAGACACCUGAUGACGUGGCGAUGCUACGGGUGAAGGAAAUCAUCACGGGAGACCUAACAGACGGAGAAGUUCUUGAAAUCUUCAACGAGAUCGGAAAAACCGUGGGGAACUCGAAGCCGAAGAAGGAGUGUGCAAGCAGGGAUGUGGUGAAACAAGUGAAGCAGAUGGUGGAGGAAUGGGAGAAGAGGAGGAGGGGGUAUGUGUUGAAAAGGGUGUGGAAGUGUGUUGAGAAGAAGGUUGACAAUGGUGUGAAGUUGAUGAGGAAGCCUGUGGGAACUGGUAUGAAGUGUCUGGUGUAUCUGAUCAUGAUUAUGCUACUUGUGUUGGAGAUGUUGCAAGCAUAUCGCCAGAUUUAUGAACCCAACAAAGGCCGGGGUUCUUAAGCAAGUCCGGCUAUGAGUUUUACUAUGUCAAGAGAGCGUUAGAUGCUUAGAUAUAUACGGAGUAUAUAUUUAGGUUAUCUCUACCCGUGCCUGCCUUGCACGAGAUAUGAUUUUGCUUUUUUAGUUAUACUCACGGAAUAUCACUUAUUUAGUCGAUUAUAACAUUGAUAUGUAAUGCAUAUUAAGAUAUAAACAAGCAGUAUGUUUGGAAUGUUUUAUUCCAAAGUUGAGAUAUACAGAAUAUAUUAAGAUUGACUGCCGUUUAAUUUGACGGUCUUUUAAUACUCCC